AUGAGCCUUGCAUCGCAUGUUGACGCCAACCAGCUGGUCGAGGAACUCCGCAAGGAUCCGGGGCGUAGAAAAAGUGAACGCAUAUGGACUGAGAAUGUCGCUGGGUCCAUGACUCCGUAUUCCACACGGUAUGCUAGUCGUGAGGAAAUUCCUAAGUUCCAGAUACCCCAGAAGGGCGCUCCGGCAGAGGCAGUGCGUCGGAUGUUGAAGGAUGACUUGAAUUUGGAUGGGAUUCCAAAUUUGAACCUGGCAAGUUUCGUCGGUACUUACAUGGAGCGCGAAGCUGAAGAACUUCUAUCCGAGAAUAUCAGCAAGAAUUUGGCUGAUGCUGAUGAAUAUCCGGCCUUGAUGGAAAUGCAUGCUCAUUGCGUCUCAAUGAUAUCGAAUCUCUGGCACGCGCAACCGGGAGAGCAGGCUACUGGAUCUGCGACCACCGGGUCUUCAGAAGCUAUCCACCUAGGUGGAUUAGCAAUGAAAAAACGUUGGCAGGAGAGAAGGAAAAAGGAGGGGAAAGACAGCUCGAAACCAAACAUCAUCAUGGGUGCGAAUGCACAGGUCGCACUGCUUAAAUUCGCUAGGUACUUUGAUGUCGAGGCGCGAAUUUUAGACGUUUCUCAGAAGAGCCAGUUUAGGCUUGACCCAGAGCUUGUCAGAAAGAAUGUAGACGAGAACACGAUCGGCGUCUUUGUCAUUCUAGGAAGUACAUACACGGGCCACUACGAACCAGUGGAAGAGAUCUCGAAAAUUCUCGAUGAAUUCGAAGCGAAGACAGGGAUAGAUGUGCCUAUCCAUGUUGAUGCUGCAAGCGGGGGAUUUGUUGCUCCGUUCACAUAUGCCCAAGCUGGGGGUCCAAAAUGGGACUUUUCACUUCCUCGCGUAAAAUCCAUCAAUGUGUCGGGCCACAAAUUCGGCUUGGUAUACGCCGGUCUUGGCUGGAUCAUUUGGCGGGAUAGAGAGUAUCUGCCAAGCGACCUUAUCUUUGAGCUCCAUUAUCUUGGUGGAACCGAAGAGACGUUCACCUUAAAUUUCUCCCGGCCUGGAAUGCAGGUGAUAGGACAGUAUUACAAUCUUGUUCGCCUGGGCUUCAAUGGGUACCGCGAAAUCAUGGAAAAUUGCCUAGCAAAUGCCCGGUUGCUAAGCACCGCGCUUGAAAACACGGGCUGGUUCAUUUGCGUCAGCGACAUCCAUCGGAAGAAAGGGACUUUCAAGUUUCAGCAGGUCGAAGGCCUGUCGAAAUAUCAUGGAGGCGAGACAUCGGCGGAUUAUAAUGCCGGCUUGCCUGUAGUGUCUUUUAGGUUCUCUGAUGAGUUUCAGAAAGAGUACCCAGACGUGAAGCAGGACAGCGUCAGUUUGUUGCUGCGUGCGAAACAGUAUAUCAUCCCAAACUACCCACUUCCACCAUCGGAGGACAAGACUGAGAUACUGCGGAUAGUCGUGCGUGAAAGUAUGUCUGCAGAUCUCAUUGAUCGACUUGUAGCGGACAUCGUGGCUGUGACUGAGAGGCUUAUGGCCACAGAGCCCAUGGAUAUGGCAGCGUUUCAAACAGGCCCUACCUCGGUCGCCAGGCGACGUAUGAUCUCGAGACAUGGCCAUGCAGAGAAGGAAACGGGUUUAAAAUGGAAAGGCAAAAAGCAUCAUCACAAGGGAAUCCAUCGAGGCGUCUGUUAG